AUGGCCAGGGAGCAGAGUUGGGAGGCCGAGCAGUGCAUGGUGACACCGGCAGGGCCCACAGGCUUUCCCUGGGUCCUCCUUGCUGUGCUGAGUGGCGUCUUCCUGCUGCUGAGCGUGGCCGGGCUCUGCUUCAUCAAGCUGCACAUCUUCCCCAGCCCCUCGGAGACACACCUCCCGAAAACGCUUGCUCUCCUGAACGGGGAGCUGAGUGUGACCAUCAGGGUGCCCACCCUUGAGCUCAAGGAGGACUCGCUUGCCCUGCUCCUGCCGACCAUUCUCCCCUCCCACGGGCCACCUGCAGCUGAGCAGACAACACCUGCAGUCCAGCUGCUCCUCAGAGAAAGCCUUUCCCAGGACAUGAGUGGCUACUGUGCCAACGGGUUUGGGCCAGACUGCCACGAGGGAAGGGACCCACCCUGCACCCACAGCCAGCUGGGGCAUGCCUUGGGCUCCUGGGUCUCAUCGCAGCUGGAGGAGGUUGGGGAGGUGCAUGAUGGGGAUGAUGUGCUGGAGCAGCUGGUGCCAGUGGGACUGACUAGAGACAGCUACUCAGGUGACGGGGACUACCGGACAUCCGAGACAUGGCUCUCCCUGCACCUCCAGCUUUAUUCUAAAUGCCAGUGCCCAGCCCUAGGAGCAGGCAGCUGCCUUCCUCUGCCCACACCGGGCAGGAGCUUCAGCCAGGAAGAAGACGACCUGCGGGAGAGCCUUGGCAUGGCAGGGCACUGGGUACCGCUCAGCUCUGUGAAGCUGCCAGCUAGCGAGGAGAAGGAUGGAAGGCAGCUCAUGCAUGAUCUCCAGCCCCUGCAUGGCCGUGGGACUGAGCCAGAGCUGGGUGACAGCACCAUUCAGCAGGGUGACUUGGAGCAGGCAGCAUUGGGCAUCCCCCUCCCCAGCCCCUGCCAGCUGCCCCAAUUGCCCCCUGACAUCCUGCAGGCAGCUGCCUUCUCUGGCUAUGAGCUGCGUCCCCCAGCUGACGGUGAGCCAUAA